AUGACUGGAAAAAAAUCUAUGAGACAACAAUGUCAAUUAGAAUACUCGACUAAUGCAAAACAACCUGAAUAUAUUCAUAAUUUUGAGAAAAACUGUGUAAAUGAUGAUGCAAUAAAUUGGUACACAAAAGACUCAUUUGUUCAUCGACUUGUAAAUGAAGCAUUUUGUAAACGAAAUAUCGAUUUAAUUUGUAAAUUUCGAUAUGUUAUUAUACUUAUUUAUAACCAACUGAAGAAAUUAUCGAGACAACAACAAAAAGAAAACCAUUCAACAGUUUAUCGUGGACAAAUUCUAGGUAAAAGGGAUUUAGAGAGUUUACAAUCCAACAUUGGAUAUCUAAUCUCAGUAAAUUCAUCUAUGUCUACUUCACUUAAUAAGAAGGUGGCUCAUGCUUUUAUACAUGGUGCUGAAACUGGAGUUAUAUUUGAAAUUGAUCUCUUAAAGGGGAAUAAUAACGAUCUUCAUCCAUUUGCGGAUAUUUCACAAUUAAGUGCAUAUUCAGGUGAAAAAGAAAUUUUAUUCUUUCCUGGCGCGGUAUUUUGUGUUGAUUCUGUAGAGAAAGAAAAUGACUCUAUAUGGAUUGUUAAACUUAUUCGACAUAAUGAUACUGCCGAACAAAUGAAACAAUUCAUGGAUGUUUUCAAAAAUCAAUUAAAUCUUGUAACAUGUUGGGAUCAUUUAUUUAUGAAAGUAGACGACAUGAAAAUGUUUCGAAAAAACUUCACCAUGCUAAUAGGAAGAUCAUUUCAUUGGAAAGAUUUAUUAACAGAAAAAGUUGGUAUUAAUGUCUAUUAUCUAGCUAGUAUUUUAGGUAACUACGAAAAAGUCAUCGAAUACCUUAAAGAUCUUCUUUAUGAUGAAAGCUUUAUUAAUGAUUCGAAAGCUGUUAUUAUUAAUAUUAUUAUUGGGUAUAAUUAUUUUCAUCUUUUUAAAUUUGAUGAUGCUUUGUUCCACUAUGAAAUUGCAUUAUCAUCAUUAGAUAGUAACCAUAAUUUAAGAGAAAAAAUUUAUAUUCAUAUUGGUGAUGUAUGGCAAGCAAAAGGUGAUGUCGAAACUGCACUAUCGUAUUAUAAACAAGUAUUAGAACGAAUGAUGAAUCACGAUGCUGACCGCUAUGAUUUCGCUAUACUAUGCAGAAAAAUAUAUGAUAUCUAUGUAAGACAAGGUAACUAUGAAGAUGCUAUUAUAUAUGAAGAACAAGCUGAUACAAUUGAUGAGAAUUCUAGACAAAAAUCAGAAUUCGAUGCCGAAAAAUCAUUGAAAUAUUAUCAAGAUAAAUUGAAUAGUCAGUCGAGCGAGUCACCAGAUCAACAAGCUGAUACGUUAUAUUCGAUAGGUAUAUGUUUAUUGAAGAAAAGUAAAUAUACCCAAGCAUUAGAAAAAUUGUUGCAGGCGAAAGAUAUAUUAGAAAAUUAUUUACCACCACAGCAUUGCUUGGUCUCUAAAUUUUGUACACUCUUCGAUAGCAUUGCAUUGGCGUAUUUACUAUUGAAGCAAGACUUUGACGCGUUGAUUAUGUUGAAAAAGUCUAUUGAUAUACGUAUGGGAUAUGAUUCGAAAUAG